AUGCUGGAGAAUCUGACGACGACCACGAAUUUCGCCGAGUCACUGGGCGGGGUCGAUGUGUUCGCCGACGUCGAACGGCCACUAUUGCAGACCGUCAUUUUGGCUUCAGUUCUUCUUUUGCUGAUCCUCUCGUGCGUCAUCGGCAAUCUAUUUGUAAUAUUAGCGAUUUUCAUGGAGCGCGACUUACGCGCCCGUCCCCAAUUUCUUCUCAUUUUCUCGCUCGCCGUUGCCGAUUUAAUCGUUGGCCUUAUUGUAACACCACUCGGCGCCUGGACCACAGUAACCGGUUCAUGGAAGCUUGGAGUGGUUCUUUGCGAUCUAUGGAUAUCGGUCGACGUUCUGGUUUGCACCGCUUCUAUUCUGCAUUUAGUAGCCAUUGCGCUCGAUAGGUACUGGUCGAUCACCGACAUUUGCUAUGUGCAGAACCGAACACCGCGACGGAUAGUGCUCAUGUUGGCGGUGAUUUGGUUGACUUCUUUGCUGAUUUCAUUGGCGCCAGUUGCUGGAUGGAAAGACGAAGGCUUUGUCGAUAGAGUUCAAAAACAAAAGCUAUGUCUGAUCAGCCAACAAAUCAGCUAUCAAGUGUUUUCGACCGCCACUGCAUUCUACAUUCCAUUAAUCGCCAUUAUCGGCGUUUACUGGAAAAUCAUGCGAGCCGCGAAAAAGCGAUUUAAGCGCGAAAGAGAUCGUCGAACGGUAAUCCGUCCGCCUCCGGAUGCUCUCGACGAGAAAAAAGCGCCAUUAAUGCCGAAGAAAUCGAAAAAGAUCCCAUUACCGCCGGCGGUCGUCAUCACAGAUAUUCCGACGAAUCGAAAUGGGAGUGUCAACGGAAAAACAGCGCAGAAUAAUCGGCACGAGUCAAGUUCGUCGACAUCCGAAGAAGAGCGAACAGUCACACAGACGCAUGAAACAACAAUGGAGACGAAAUUUGAAGGCACAAAACCUUCGAAAAUUCCUGGUCGCUUAAUGAAACGAAAACGUCGGUCAAAAGAAAGCGCAGAGACAAAACGAGAGCGAAAAGCAUGGAGAACACUUGCAAUUAUAACUGGCACAUUCGUCGCAUGCUGGACGCCGUUCUUCUUGGUUUCCUUAUAUAGACCAAUUUGCGGCUGCUCAAUUCCUCCGGCAAUCGAGCAAGUCACUUCGUGGCUAGGAUAUCUCAACUCAGCGCUAAAUCCGAUCAUCUAUACCGUAUUCUCUCAAGAUUUCCGCGCCGCUUUCAAACGAAUUGUUAAACGCUUGUGUCUCAUAACCGAGUAUUAA